GCAGCUGAGCGUAAACUCAGCAACGCGUUUAACAUUUUUUUUUUUCAACAUUUCUUAUUUUUUCUUAGCCGGCUAAGACUUUCGAAAUGUUUUCCAAGGUUUUUACAUAACUUUAUAUUUGUGUACGAAGUGAUACAGACAAUAAAUUGUAAUUUACAUUUUGGAGCGUUUAUAAUCUUAGGACAACAUUUGAAGUCGUUACUUCGUUCCUGAUGUGACAAGGGGCUAAGAAGAAGAAAUCCAUGAAUGUGGCUCUAGACGUGAACGGGAGUGCCCUUGUCAAGUACUCACCCAUAACCCUGAGUCCAGAAUGGCCGAAACUCCAGAAGCUUCUGUUCCUACUCUUCUGUGCGACUGUGGGGUCGAUCCUGAAUGGAUUCUUCGUCUCCUCGUUUUUCAUAGAGCACACCCUCAAGAAAGUUGGCAACGUCUUCCUGGCAUGCAACGGUUUAGCAGACCUGAUAGUGACCACCUGCGUAAUCCCAGUUGGCAUCGUGGUCCUGCUCUCCGGCGAAUGGGACAAUAUACCAGUGUGCCUCGGUCUCCACUUCCUCACAGAAAUAUCAACCUACUGCUACAGCAUAUUCUUCUCUCUGGUCGCAGCUGAAACCUAUUACAAACUCUGCAAGUCCCCAAGAGAAUACGAAAUGUUUGUGUCGAUGCGUGUUGGACUCGUGUCAAUCAUCGUGUUUACUGUCAGCGUCACCUCCGCUGCAUGUGGAGUGUUCUUGGAGUUGGACUACGACUACUGCGAAAGGAAACACUACGGAAACUACUACUAUAGAUUGUUUACCAGUCUAGCGUUCCAUGGCAUACCCUUCGUGUUGAUUGUCGGUAGCCUCAUCAUAUGCUACGUUCGCGUCAGGCGCCGCGCACGAAAUAAUCCACAAUACAACCGGUCACAACAGUACGGAAGAGACAGUCUGACCGCGAGGCUGAACCUGACGGCUUACAUGGUUUACUCUAUCGCCUGGUCACCCUACGUGAUAAUAGCGGUCGGGUUCCCAGACUCGGAGGACCCCACGUUCUACCACUGCAUCUGGAUCGGCGUUUUCCGUGCUGUCAUAUCUGGCGGGUUGUACGGGUCAGCUAACAGGGACUUCCGGCGAGCGUUUGCGCAUUUGUUUAAUUACUGUUGUUGCAAGAGCUCGCUGUCGAGUUCGUUUACCAGCCGGCACAGGAGGGCGUUGGAAUACAAGCCUGCAAGCGGUGACGUUAGGGUUCACAUUAUGCACAAGGCAGUGAACGCCGGGAGCCCUCAGCGGGCCGCGUCCUCUUCGCGGGACACGCAGGAACUCUGAGUGUACAACACGCGUGCGCGUUAUUAUGGCGCCGGCAUCCGACAGAAACGAUACAGGCGGUACAGAGACACUCCAGUAUAAACCUGCUGAUUUUAUGGUGGUGUGCUGCCAAAUACCUACCGCUUGGACGCCUUCGCACUGGCGUGGAUUCGAUUGCAUUUCUAAGUGGUAUUGUACCACAUUUCCUAUAAUAUACUUUGCCCUUUUUUAAUUAAGAUUAAGUGAAAUGGCAGGCAACUUUAUUUUCGUGUCAUUGUGUUUUAUACCAGUGUAGUGGUACAUGUACCUACUUGAACGUACUAGUAUUAUUUAGUGGGUAUAUUGUGUUCAAUCUGUAGUGCCAAUACUCAUUCUCAAUUCUCAAGUGUCAUUACUAUAUAUUCGGAUGAAUAAAUAAGAGCCAUUGCUUCUUGUAACAUGUUUCAGACACUUCGAUCGCUAUAAUGCAAUUUAAAUGGUUAUAUUUACAAAUAUUUAUCAUCAAUGCGUACAAUUUACCUGUAUUUCUACCAAUACUUAUUAUAAGGUUAUACAUAUAUUUUAUGUGCUUUAAAAAUGUAUUUUAGAAAAGUAUACAAUAUUUUUUUUUGUCUCAGAAGCACUUACUGAACAUCUUGUUGAUAAAAAAGUUAUACUUUUUACUUAAUAUUUUUUUAAGACUGCAUUUUUAUAUUUUUAUUGUAAAGUUAACUACUACUAAAUCUAAAUUCUGACUGUUUUACCUUUAUAUAUAUUAUAGUAUUUAUAUAUAUUAUACAUGUAAUGAUAAUAUUUCUAAUAGUAAUAUUUUCAGACGAUGUAUAAGUAUCGGUGUACACAACGGCACCAUAGUAUAUGACUAUAAGUAUUAAAUGUGAAAAUGGUUUAUGAUAGUUGCAAGCAACGGCUAAUCGUUGACGAUUGAUAUAUAUAUCGAACGUUGUAUUUUCCGAAGAGCUUUAUGAUAGAUGUUUUAAAUGGGUACCGAGUGUGAUAUACUCUUUGUUAGAGAGACAAUGUACUAAGGUUUAGUUAUCGCUAUAAACUGUCAGCCUUAUAUAUUAUGUGUAUAUAUUAAAUAUAACUGUUUUUAAGAAUCUGAUGAUAUAAAUCUGGUUGACCAGGUGAGCACGAUGCACAAUCUUUUUUUUUUCUUCAGGCGAAUCGCGUCUAUAUUUUGAUACUACGAUGGUCGUGACCUAUAUUCGCGACUACAUUUUUGACUGUUGUUUUUGUUUUUAUAGAACUUACCCGUGCUUAGGGAAACUCACAAAGGGAAAAUUAGAGAUGGAGAUUAUAGAGAUAUGGAGAAAGAAUUUCGCAUGGACAGGAGGAGGACCGGCUUGACUAGAACUGCGGGUUCAAGUCCCGUCCGAGUAAAUUUUUUUUCGAUUUAAAUUUUCCCUUUGUACAUUUUCGACAUCAAGGAGGUCGUGUCAAUAUUUUUAUUUUUAUUCUAUAGAGCUGUGGACACGGGACAGUGUCAACUCUAUCGAGGUUGUUCCCGCAAGUUACGAAGAGGAUUGUUAUUUUCAACUUUAAAAAAAGUAAUUCUAUCACCUAGCAAAGAUAAGAUUCAGUUGUUGAAUUGUAUUGAUGUAACUUCAUUUUAUCUGCUUGGAACUAGAUAUUUAAAUUAUAAAUGUUUUUCUUACUUACUCAUUUAUAUGUAAUCAAUCAGUGUUGUAAAUGUUACAAAAAAUAAAACAAAGAAAAAAUAUAUGUUGUACUUACGAUAAAUUUUAUUUACGCAGGUUAAAUAUAUUCAAAGGAUAUAAAUAAGAUAGUUAUAAUAGUACCGUGAUUUGCACUUGAAAUAUAAUCAUGAGAUACAUAAUAAUAUGCACAUGUUGUAUCUUUUAAUAGUUUAAUACCAAGAAUACGCCGCUAUUGAAGGCACAAAAAUGCCAACACCUAUUUAAAAAAAGACGUUGUUUAUGAAGAGCUUUUUUACUUAAGUUUACUUGCUAAAUAUAAGACUUUUAUAAAAGAUUAUGCGAAUACUUACAAAAUAUUUUUAUUUAUUACACUAUUUUGUUGUUAGUAUCUCAAAUAUUUUAUAUAAAUGUUUAUUAUAUUAUUUAAUAUGUAAGAAAUAGCAUUUUAAUUAAAUAUAUUAAAUGUAAUAUGCAAUGUAUGUUAUAAUAUACCUGUCUACAAGUAUUAAAUGUCUGAUUAGAGAUUUUAUAAACUAACGAUACUUAUGUAGGUAACCUAACCUAACUCAAGGUUUGUUCAUAUUUUUUGACACGAAAUAUGAAAUUAAUGUUGAUAUUGGGGCGUGCGGCACGUUUAACUUGUUGUUUUAAGUUAUUUUACAUUCAAUUUACCUCUUUUUUUUCACUUUUACUUACAUGAUUUUCAAAGAAUUCGUUUUCGAAGACGUUUCUUGCACUAACUCCCAUCUCUCUUAUAGUCCAUCAUGAUGGGGACGGUACAACCGGACAGAACUGAACUGAAGCCCGGAUUCUCCAUACGAAAAUGUUGUCCUUGCAGAGUGGCGCUGCGCGCGCAUUUGUCCGGCCAAGUAAUUAAUGCCAUCUGCGGCAAAUCUACAAUAAGUCACGUUAAAAAAGCAAAAAAAAGCUGUGCGCGCGCUCCCUAAUUCCUUAACGGUUUAUGGCUGUGGCCCCAUCUGGGGGAGGGGAAUGUAAAUCAAGUUUGCUCCAAGCUCGAUUUGGUGCGGGACGGGGGGUGUCCUUUCUAUACGUAGUAAUAUUGUUUAUUCUAUGCUAAGACGUAAAACUGAGGGCACAAUUAAUAAUAACUUCGUGUCAAACCUUAUGAACGUACGCGAGACUACGUUCACUUGACUAAGGCCUCGUCUACACUAGAGUAUAAUAAAUUCGCGGUAAUUUUAUGUAUCUGUCGGGUGUAGUUAUGUAUGGUAAAGUAUGGUACUUCGAGCACAAUGCAUUUUUUUUUAACUUAUUUUUUACCGAUUAUGCUCUAGUGUAGACAAGACGUAAGAGUUCUGUUAGUUCCUAAGGCCUCGUAUUUUAAAAUCGGUCAGUAUAAGGCGGGGAUAUACGUACGAGACCUUAGGUACAGAACGUAUUUUUAUAAUCGUUUAUGUACAGUAAUGUGUCGUUCCCUUGAAUAUUCCCACUUUGGGAACGUUCCCGGCAGUAAAAAAGGGUCGAUUAAUUCUUUCAAAUAUUUUUCCUCUCAGAUGACGUCCUGAGCCGAGGUUCGCGCCCAACUGGGCACCCUCAGGCCUGUUGUCUUAAACGUUGUACCGGGUGAGAGCCUUCAGCGCUCCCCAUUUGUCCGGCCAAGUAGUUAAUGCCAUCUGCGGCAAAUCUACAAUAAGUCACGUCAAAAAAAAAACGGCAGUAAAAAGGCGCAAUAGUUUUGUAAAAAGAGCUUUAUUACCUUAUCUUUAAGACCAGAAAGAACAAUUUGAAAAAGAAAAGCAACCAGUCUUUUUACGAGAAAUAAUUUUCACAAUGGGGACAUUCCCAUCAUCAUCAGCCGUAUGACGCCCAUUGCUGGGCAUAGGCCUCCCCCAAGGAUCUCCACGACGAUCGGUCCUGCGCUGCCCGCAUCCAGCGGCUUCCCGCGACCUUCACCAGAUCGUCGGUCCACCUUGUAGCGGGCCUACCCACUGAGCGUCGUCCGACACGUGGUCGCCACUCCAGAACCUUUCCGCCCCAUCGGCCAUCGGUUCUCCUCGCUAUGUGUCCUGCCCACUGCCACUUCAGCUUUGCAAUUCUCCUAGCUAUGUCGGUGACUUUAGUUCUCCUGCGGAUCUCCUCAUUUCUGAUUCGAUCGAGCAGGGAAAUACCGAGCAUAGCUCUCUCCAUUGCCCGCUGAGCGACACCGAGCCUCCUCACGAGACCCAUAGUAAGCGGCCACGUCUCACUGCCGUAGGUCAUCACUGGCAACACGCACUGGUCAAAGGCUUUCGUCUUAAGACACUGAGGUAUUUUGGACGAGAAGAUAUUCCGCAGCCUCCCGAACGCUGCCCAUCCGAGUUGGAUCCGACUUUGGGAAUAUUCUAGGGAAUGGCACAUCACUAUUUAUGUACCUAUCUACCUAACUUAUAUAAGGCCAAAAGGCGUAAAUGUGAUGUUUAGAGUUAAUAAUUAUGUCCUUGUAGAUGUAAGGUGCAGGCUUACGGCGUAAUUUGGAAACUAUUUACAAAAAAAAAACGAAUUUAUUGCUAUUCGCCACUAUGUUUUUACUUGUUUUUUUACAUACUAUGACUGUCUCAAAAACAAAUAAAAUAUAAACAGAUAGGUAUUUUGUGUUUUUUCUAGUCAAUCAAAGUAACAAAAUGUGAACUUUGUACUAUUUCAAAGUUUCCAGUAGUAAGUAAGUAAGUAUAAAAUCUUGAUUACCGGCACAGCCCUAACACUCCAUACAUAAAUCUCUUUAUAAUCGUGUGCCGCUUUGCCUCAUGCGUGCGAGCGAGACAAACAGUCCGCGCUUGCUCCCUUUCUCCUUAACAGCUUGCGGUUUAAGUAGACUGAAGUAGCCCCCGCCGGGGGCGUGGGGGGGGGGGGGGGUUGGUGAGGUAAAUCAAGCUCGCUCCAAGCUCGAAUUCGUGCGGGACGGAGGGUGUCUUUCUACACGUUCGUACGUACCGACAGUUUUCGGAAAAGUAUUUAAAAAAUUACAAACACUUAUUUUAUACCUCUCAAAACAUUUUAUUUUUUCGAAAAAGCUUUAAUACGUGUAAUAGAAAAAAAAACAUAUGUUUCUUCAUUAAUUUAAAAAUUUUGCCCAGUGACGUCACAUUUAAAUAAACAAAGAAACUGUCAAACAAUAUAUUUAUUUAUUAUUAUUUAUUUAUUUAUUUGUACACAAUAGAACACAGAAAGAAACACAAUAAUAAUAUAUUAAUUUGAAACCUGAAAAAAAAGCAGCCAAUUUCGUUACUAUUAAAGACUUUUUAAAACGGGAACUUUCCCGGGAACGGUAUGUCACUGAUCCUGAUACUUACUGAAAAAAAAACUGUUUAUUUUUUUGAUACGUCAUAUUAUGAAUAAGCAUUUCGAUUGAGAGUAGGUCCUACGAAAUACGAAGGUCAUUACGCCGGAAAAUGUAGGCUUGUAUUUUUCCUGAACUAGUCUAAAUAUGCACCAAAUCCAGCUGUUAAUGUAAGUUUUUGUAAUUAACUGCUAUAACCGUAUUUACCAUAGUAGAGCCAAUGAAGGGUUUCGUAUUUGCAGGGGACGGGUUGGAAUUUGAUGUUUUUUUUUUCUUUUUGAGGUGUAAGGUGAGGCCCUCUGACGGACUGAUGCAAAAACGGUUUAGGAAUACUAAUUGGAAGCGGUCUUUGUACAAAAGAAAAUUAUUUAAAACACAUUUUUCGUUUGAAUUUUAAAAAGAUUUUUUAUACAAAAAAUAUAUAUUUUUAAUAAGUAUAUAAAUACGAUAUGAAUAUUUUUGAUAUAAAAAUAUGGAACUUUUUUAUAUGGUCGAAAUGUAUGUUUUCCCCACGCAAAAUGUAUUUGUUUUUAAAUAAUAAAAAAUACACCUUAACAAGAAAACUAUACAUCAAAAUCGGACUUGUCCCUGGCAAAUAAGAAGUUAGGAAGUUCCUGCUUCUAACAUGAUAAUUAUGUUUUGUGUCUAUUGACUUUAAUGUAUUAUGUGUACCUGUCUUGAUACUUCUCUGUAUUCAAUGUGUAUCGAAUAAAAAAUAUCAAAAAG